UAUAUAUAUAUAUAUAUAUAUUUCUCCCUCUCUCUUUUUAUCCUGUUCUUUCAUAUUUCACAAGAACUACACUCUAUAACUCCGUUGAACGGCCACUAGCAUGCGACUUUAUCGGCGACCUGUCAGUCGCCGAUCGAGCUUACCUUUGCGCGUUCGAUCUCAGAGAUCCUUUCUGCGAUCUCCCUUCUUUCUUGUUUUAUUUUGUUUCAUCGAUUAUCCUUGAGUUUUAUAUAAUCUUUUGAGAAGAGGAAAGUGAAAGAGAGAAAGGGUUCUGAGGUACGAAUUAAUAAUCAGCCUCAAAGUAUUUAGUGAGUUUUAUGAACGAUCAAGCUGACCUUGAUUUUCCUCGUCUUUCAUCGAAGAAAAGAGGAAUUAAAAGAUUGCCAAGAUGUCGGAGUAUUGCGAAUAUAUGUGGGAUCCGAGUGGUCACACAAGUACGGCACUUUCUCGGAGCAUUUACCAAGAAGAUGCGAGGUUGGACAAGCGAGACAAAAAGCUGGCCAUUAAAUCGGUCCGAGCGAUUCUUCGAGAGAUGCCGGAUGUGGACUUGAAACAUUGCACGGACGAAUAUAUUACGCGCUUCCUGCUCGCACGGAAGUAUCGAGCCGAGCAAGCAGCUGCUCUGAUAGCUGCUUAUCAAGCUCAGAUAGCUCAUCGACAGGAUAUUUUCGGUAAUCUCACUGCUCGUGAUCCUGCAUUGCAACGAGCUUUACGUGCUGGUAUACCCGGUGUUUUACCUGCUCGCGACAGGAAAGGCAGGUGCGUUUUGGUAAUCUUAGCUUCACAAUGGGAUCCAAUUGCGGUGCCAGCGUUAUCGGUUCAACGAGCAAUUUUUUUAGUCCUCGAAAUUCUAAUUCAAGAUCCAAGAAACCAGCAAUCCGGUUUCGUAGCUGUGGUCGAUUGGAGUGGAUUUUCUCUGCGGCAAGGCGGUGCAUUGGGUGCAGCAGCUCUUCGAAACUUGAUAGCUGCGCUUCGUGGUCGAUUUCCGGCCAGAUUCAAGGCUAUACACUUCCUUUCGGCGCCUUUAUACGUUCAAGCUACUUUAGCUUUUGUCAAACCUUUCCUGGAUGAAAAAACUCGUAAUAAGAUUUAUUUGCAUGGAAAUAAUCUUAGUACUCUCCACGAACAUCUCCCAACGGAUAUACUACCUGCGGAAUUAGGAGGCACUGGGCCAUCCUUUAAUCCUGGCCUCUGGGCCGAGCCAGUCAUUCAUUCGGCAAUGAAGGAAGCUGAAUUGGCAGCCUUGAAAAAGGAAAAGGAGCAAUUACAAGAUGAAAGAAACGAGAAUGCUUCUGAAAGACUGACAAACUUUGCCGACGACGACAAAGUCGUGGAAUCAAAGAACGUUGAAAAUUACAAAAGAAACGAACCAGCUUUCGAGGAACACAAACACGAGAGAGAAAGUUUCAAGAGCUUUGGUAAAUCCUAUCGAAAUAACGGAGAUGGGAAAAGCGUGGAGCUAAGUUUGAUCAGAACUACGACUUCUUCCGAUUCAAAAAACGCGAACAAAGUAGAAGAACAGAAAGAUAGAACUCGUCUGAUAGAAGUUGCUGAAAGUAAUAACGGUAACGAAGCUAAAACCAAUGGGUUGGACAACAGAAUGGAUCAUUUAAGAGAAGUCGAUGACUUGGCGCUACUCGAGUUACAAUCCGAGACGAAUUCGAACGAAUUUGAAAUGAUUUCUAGUAGGCCUGACAGUGAGGAUAGCAAGGACAAUUCGUUAGAAAAUAGAUCGGAAAAGGUACUCAUUAGAACUGGAAAAAGUCAUACGCCAACGGAGGAAAUGAAUCUCAUUACGUAAAAGUGAUCUCUUUAUGUCGAUACUAAAUAUUUCCUCGAAGUAUGCGAUAACGAUUCUAGAUAAAUAUUAUACAAUUAGUUUUGUAUGUAAGGUUUUUUAAGUGACACGCGGUAUAGUUGGAAAGAAAUAACAUUGAGUACAUUUGUCGAUACUUUGACGAUACAGUUGUUAAUGAACUUCUGUGAUGAUUUUUUGUUUCUUUUUUUAAUGCAUUACACGUACUUAUUAUAUUCUCUGACAGGUGAUCCUUGUUUUUGCGUGGACCAGUAUAAUACCGUAGCUUCCUAAAAUAUAAUUUUUAUGUUAGAAAAGAAAUAAUGGAAAUUUGUUAAAAAUACUAUAUUAUAGAGAAAAUAUUUACUCGUACGACAAGGACUGAUAUAUACAUAUAUGCUUUUAUGUAUGCUUGUAUGAGGCUACGUUCCACAAAUUAAUAGCCAAAUUGAAGCUGAUACCGUAUUUACGAAGUUCCUUUAUUGUAUUAAUAAAAACAGUGUUUUUUUUUUUUAUUGUCUAUUUAAACUGCUUUAAAUUUAGGUCAGAUACAUAGAUCCAUGCGUUUAAAUAUUUUUAAAUAUAUUAUCUAUUUCGUACGGACGUACGGUAAGCUCUUUCCAAAAUUAUUAAAAAUUAUACGAGAUACGUCAAGGCAUUUUCCAGAAAUUGUAUUCGUUGUACUUGUAAAUAUGUAAUAAAUUAUUUAUUCCACGAACUCUCGAUCGCAGAACUUCAAAUACUUCAUGUAUUUAUUAAGAAUGUAUAAUCUUAAAAGCACGAACAACUCCAUUUAAAAAAUGUAUUUGUGAUGAUAAAAAUGAAAAUAUAUUUUCGAACAAAAGAAA